AUGAGGGAUGACAUGAUAACAGUACACCAAAAGCUGUCAACAACUUUACGAUUUUUAGCGACCGGUCAAUCAUAUGAGGAUUUAAAGUUUUUGACGAGAAUUGCUCCCCAAACUAUAGGUCAGUUUAUUUUACCUACUUGCAAUGCUAUAAUUAGUGAGCUAAACAAGAAGAAAAUAAUUAAAACUCCAACUACAAAAGAUGAAUGGAAAGAACUAUCUACGUCCUUUGAAAGAAAGUGGAAUUUUCCACACUGUAUUGGAGCGGUAGACGGUAAACAUGUCAACAUAAAAAAACCAGCAAAUUCAGGUUCAUACUAUUAUAAUUAUAAAAAAACAUUCAGCAUUGUCUUGUUUGGCAUCGCAAAUGCCAACUAUGAAUUCAUAUAUGCUGAGGCUGGAGCAAAUGGAAGAGCAUCAGAUGGAGGAGUUCAAUCUAACAGCAAAUUCUUUGAACAACUUGAAAACGAUGACAUUACAUUUCCAGAUCCAGAGGAUUUACCUGUAGGAAAUUAUGGGAAAAUGCCGUAUGUCAUGGUAGGAAACGAUGCAUUUGCCCUCUCUGAAAAUCUAAUGAAACCCUUCACUGAUCAGCAAACAGAUGAACAAAGAAUCUAUUGCUAUAGAUUAUCUCGAGCAAGACGAAUUAUUGAAAAUUGCUUUGGGAUUCUAGCUAGCAGGUUUCGGAUUUUAUUUACUACUAUAAAUUUAGCACCUGAAAAAGCCGCACGAAUCACAUUGGCAUGCUGCUAUCUACACAAUUAUAUCUUGAAAAAGAAUAGACAGUUAUAUUUUCAAGGCGCUGAUAUAGAAAUAUAG